AGCAAGAGCUGACGAGCCGUGAUAGCCAUUAGCAGUUCACCAACCGCCGGCUUCGACGUCUACCGCCUCCCCAAGGGCUUUCCAUUCCCCGUCCACACUCCCAAGUCGCAUCCCCGCGCACCUCGCACGACCCUAUCUCGUACACCGUCACCAUCACAAUGUCCGGAACUGCAGAUAUCCAACUGCAGCGCGCCAACGAGCUCGCGGUGCCGCCACCCAAGGGGAAGCCCUAUAGCGUGCCCAUCCCAGGCUCCCAGGUUGAGGGCCGCAGUGCCAUCUACAGACACUGGCGCUUCAGGGACCGUCCCCUGUUGGAGACGCUGGAUCCCAAGAUCACGACGGGACACGAGGCAUUCGAGGCUACUGCUGCGAGAUACCCCAAGAACAACUGCCUGGGCCACAGACCCUACGAUCCCGUCACCAAGACCUUCGGCGCCUACACAUGGCAGGAUUACCAGACUGUGCAGACGAGGAGAAAGAACUUUGGCGCUGGCCUGGUGCACCUGCACCGCCAGGUUGGUGCGCACAAGGAGGAAGGCCAGUAUGGUGUGGGACUUUGGUGCCAGAACAGGCCCGAAUGGCAGAUCACGGAUUUGGCCUGCAUGUCCCAGCGUCUCUUCACUGUCUCCAUCUACGACACCCUCGGCCCCGAUACCACCGAGUUCAUCAUCAACCAUGCUUCCCUAGCAUGCGUCGUCACCUCCCUCGUUCACGUCACCACUCUCCUGAAGCUCAAGCCGCGUCUCCCGACCCUCAAGCUCAUUGUCGUCCUCGACCCCCUUUCUGCUGGCGAGCUUCCAGGCGAGUCCAAGGGCGAGCUCCUCAACUCCCUUGCCUCCGAGAUGGGCGUCUCAAUCCACUACAUCCGCGACGUCGAGGCCCUGGGCGAGGCGCAACCCAUCCCCUACAACCCCCCUAAGCCGGACGACGUCACCACCAUCAACUACACGUCCGGAACCACCGGCAACCCCAAGGGCGUCGUCCUGACGCACCGUAACACCGUCGCCGCGACCUGCUCCUCGCUCAUCGUCAUAGGCGGCGACCCCAAGCAAAUCAUCUGCUCCUUCCUCCCCCUCGCACACAUCUACCAGCGCCUGGGCGAGCACAGCGCUCUCGCCUCCGGCGCCGCAAUCGGCUACUUCCACGGCAACAUCGUCGAGCUCGUCGACGACCUUAAGGCUCUCCGUCCGACCAUUUUCACCGGCGUCCCCCGUCUGUACAACCGCUUCGGGAACGUCAUCCGCGAGAACACGGUCAAGCAGCCCGGCUUCAAGGGCGCCCUGUCCCGGCACGUGGUCAACAAGAAGCUCGCCGCCCUAGGCGACAAGCAGAACCCGACGAACACGCACGCCCUGUAUGACCGCAUCUGGGCCAAGAAGGUAGCCGCUGCCAUCGGCCUCGACCGAGCCAGAGUCAUGGUCACGGGAUCCGCGCCCAUCGACCCAAGCCUGCACCAAUUCCUCCGCAUCUGCUUCGCCAACAACUUCAUCCAGGGCUACGGACUGACCGAGACGUAUGCGGUGUCCCUGGUCCAGCUAGCCGGCGACUUCUCCUCGGGCAACUGCGGGGCCGUGGUGCCCACGAGCGAAGUCUGCCUCGUCGACGUGCCGGACAUGGACUACCUGACGACGGACAAACCCUACCCACGCGGCGAGCUGCUGGUGCGCAGCACGACGCAGUUCCGCGAGUACUUCCGCAACGCCGAGGAGACGGCCAAGGCCAUUGACGCCGAUGGCUGGUUCCACACGGGCGACAUCUGCAGCGUCGACGAGCAGGGCCGCUUCUCCAUCAUCGACCGGCGCAAGAACGUGCUCAAGCUGGCGCAGGGCGAGUACAUUUCCCCCGAGCGCAUCGAGAACGUGUACCUGGCCAACUGCGGGUGGUUGGCGACGGCGUACGUGCACGGCGACUCGCACCAGGCGUUCCUCGUGGGGCUGUUUGGCGUCAUGCCCGACGCGUUUGCGGCGUUUGCGUCCAAGGUUCUUGGGAAGAAGGUGGAUGAGAAGGAUACGGUGGCGUUUGCGAAGGUGCUCAAGGAUAAAAGGGUGGAGAGGGCUGUGGUUAAAGAGUUGGAUCGGAUUGGGAAGAGGGAGAAGUUUAAUAGUUAUGAGAGGGUGAGGGUCGUGAGGCUCUAUGUCGAUCCGUUCACGGUGGAUAAUGAGCUUUUGACGCCGACGUAAGUCCUACCGUAUUCCCCUGGAAAUCGCUUGGAGGGGAAGGUUUUUGUUUGAAGGGGAUUUGUGAUGGCUGACGAUUGAUUGUUCUAGGCUCAAGCUUAAGCGGCCGCAGGCGGCGAAGCGGUUCCGUGCCGAUAUCGAUGAGUGCUAUGCUGAGGGGUUGGCGCAGGAGGAGCAGAAGGCGAAGCUGUAGAUGGGGUGGGUAUACGCAGUUAUGUCUGUGUCUGGUGCGAUGUA